AUGAUUACCAGUAUUUCGGAAUUCGUGGACGAGUUGAAGGAGGCCUUCGUGCCUGCCGUGGCGAGAGCUGAAGACGAAGGUGCCGAAGAGGCCGAGGAGAAACCAGCGGAAGAAGAAGAAGGAGAAGGAGACGAAGAGGAAAAAGCCAAGGGCGACGAUGAAGACGGAGAAAAUGAGGAGAAGGAAGACGAGGAUGAUGAAGAUGAAGACGAGGACGAUGAGGACGAAGAGGACGAAGAAGCCCAAGUGGACCAAAUGGACGCAUUGAGAGAAGAGUGCAAGGCUAGAGAAGACUCAAAGCCGCUUGUCCACCACUACAUGGAGUGUGUGGAACGCGUGCAGAAAGCGCAGGAAGACCCAGGAUACGCUGACUCCGAGCACAAGGAGGACUGUGUCGAAGAAUUCUUCCACUUGCAGCACCACCUCGACAGUUGUGUCGCGCCCAGGUUGUUCGACAGAUUGAAGUAA